AUGCUCGGAGUCGCCGUGCAGCAUGCGGUCACAAGCACAGCCCUCGGUUGUGCGUGGCCGGCCCCGCUCCACCCCAGCCAGCACGCAGACCCGCCUCUGGAGCGGGUGCUGGAGCUCGCGGUGGGCGACCGCUGGAACGCCCAGGCCCGAGGCUUCGUGCGAGACCUGGUGCGUCUCAAGGCGUACCGCGCCCCCCUCCUCGUGCGCGCGGCAGCGACAGCGGCUUGGGCGAGGCGUUGGUGGAACAUGCUUUCAGUCGCGGUGCAGCAGGCAGUCGCCAGUACGGCUCUGGGAGGUGCCUUGCGGCAGCCGCUGCAACCUGAGGCUGGCGAGGGCCCGCCACUCGACAGCGUCAUCCACCACGCUGCCCCUGAAGGCCAGAGUCGCCCGCCCCUGCGGCCGCCUUGUGCUGCUACGCAACGUAGCGUCUCCCCACUCACUCGGGCUGGUCGGCCCGUCCCUGGGGCCGAUGCCCGGGCGGGGGUCGCGCUUGUUGCGGCGCGGAGCGCGCGCUACCCGGAGAGGGGCCGAUGGAGCGACGAGUGCCAGCAGUUCCUCCGCACCCUGCUCCGGCUCCGUGUCCAGCGCGCCCCGCCACCCUUGCGCGCGUCUGCCGCCCAAGGCUGGGCGCGCCGCUGGUGGAGUGUGCUGUCGGUUGCCCUGCAGCGAGCAGUCGCCAGUUCCGCGCUUGGCGUGUGGACCAUGCCGCCGAUGCCUGGAGCGCCAGACACGCUCCUGUUGAGUGACGUGCUCGACCUGGCGAGUGC